CGCUGCCCGCACUGCGGCACCCGGCCCACUCCGGGAGCCGAGGUGGCUGGCGGCCCUGAGGGUGGCGCCGCCGCCCCACUGCCGGCCCUGCCUGCUCGGCGCCCGGAUCCCGCUUCGCGGCGCCUCGGGUGUCGGCUCGGCGGGGAUCCUGAUUGAGUCAGCAUUUACUUUGUUUUCGAUGAUUGCCAUAAAGCUGAGAUAUGCCUGCUGUUGAGAGUGAAGCCAAAGUAAAAACCAAAGUUCGUUUUGAAGAACUGCUGAAGACCCACAGUGAUCUAAUCCGUGAAAGAAAAAGACUAAAGAAAAAACUUGCCAAAUCUAAAGAAAACAUUUCAGGUGAUGCUGUUAAAAGCAAUCUUCCGAAUAUUAAAGAAAAUGAAAGUGGUGAUGUAAAUGCUACUGACACGAAUAACCAAGGGAAUAGCAUACGAGUCAGUAAAACCAAACUGAGAAAUACUCAGUGUGCAGCUGAAAAGCCAAAUGAUGAUGUCAGUGUAGAGGAAGACAAGCAAAGAAAGCCGAACAGAAAGAUUGGAAAGACAGCGCCCCAGGUGCCCGCUCAGGACAUGGAGCCAGAGACGCCUGAGAAGGCGGACUCUGCCCAUCACAAAGCACGACCGAAGCCUCAGUCUGGCGUUGGCCAUCAGAAAAGUGAGAAAACACGUGAGGGACGGGAGAAUGAUGAUUUGGAUGAGGAAGAACUGAUGCAAGCAUAUCAGCUUCAAGUAGCUGAGGAAAUGGCCAAGGAGAUUAAGAAGAAAAUUAAAAAGAAACUGAAAGAACAGCUGACUUACUUUCCCUCUGAUACGUCAUCGCAUGAUGACAAGUUGAGCAGUGAGAAAAGAAAAAAGAAAAAAAAAGUUCCAGUUCUGUCGAAAGCUGAAACAAGUUCACUGACUGAGUGUAAUGACCCAAAUGAAGGCAAACAAAAGAAAGAAUCUCCAGUUGGAGCAGUGACUUCAGAGUCUCAUCAAGAUGAUGACAUAAGCUCAGCCAAACAUAAUGCAGAAGACAGCAUGCAAGAAAACACCAAACCUAAGCCAAAAAAGACAAAAAAGAAGGUUAAAGCAGUUUCAAAUGAUAAUGAAGACAUGGAUGGUGAUGGUGUUCAAGAAAUAACCAGUCGAGACAGCCCAGUUUAUCCAAAAUGUUUGGUUGAUGAUGACCUUGUCCUGGGAGUUUACAUUCACCGAACUGAUCGGCUUAAGUCAGAUUUUCUGAUUUCUCACCCAAUGGUUAAAAUUCACGUCAUUGAUGAGAAUACUGGCCAGUAUGUCAAGAAAGAUGACAGUGAACGGCCUGUUUCAUCUUACUAUGAAAAAGAGAGUGUGGAUUAUAUUCUUCCUAUUAUGACCCAGCCAUAUGAUUUUAAGCAGUUAAAAUCAAGGCUUCCAGAGUGGGAAGAACAGAUUAUAUUCAAUGAAAAUUUUCCAUAUUUGCUUCGAGGUUUUGAUGAGAGUCCCAAAGUCAUCUUGUUCUUUGAGAUUCUUGAUUUCUUAAGUAUGGAAGAAAUUAAAAACAACUCUGAAGUUCAAAACCAGGAAUGUGGCUUUCGAAAGAUUGCCUGGGCAUUUCUUAAGCUUCUGGGAGCCAAUGGAAAUGCAAACAUCAAUUCCAAACUUCGUUUGCAGCUGUUUUACCCACCUACUAAACCUCGAUCCCAGUUAAAUGUUGUUGAAGUAUUUGAAUGGUGGUCAAAAUGUCCCAGAAAUCGUUAUCCAUCAACAUUAUAUGUAACUGUAAGAGGACUGAAACUUCCAGAUUGUAUAAAACCAUCUUACCGCUCUAUGGUGGCUCUUCAGGAAGAAAAAGGUAAACCUGUGUAUUGUGAGCGUCACCAUGAGCCAAGUUCAGUAGAGACAGAACCUGGGUUAGAAGACUCCAAGCAAGUAGUGAAGUGGAACCGGCUGCCUGGGCAGGCUUGCCGGAUCCCGAACAAGCACCUCUUCUCACUAAAUGCAGGAGAACGCGGAUGUUUCUGUCUUGGUUUCUCCCACAAUGGGCGGAUACUGGCAGCAGCCUGCGCCAGCCGCGACGGCUAUCCAGUUAUAUUAUACGAAAUUCCUUCUGGACGUUUCAUGAGAGAGUUGUGUGGCCACCUCAAUAUCAUUUAUGAUCUUUGCUGGUCCACAGAUGAUCGCUAUAUCCUGACUUCUUCAUCUGAUGGCACUGCCAGGGUAUGGAAAAAUGAAAUCAACAAUACAAAUACUUUCAGAGUUUUACCUCAUCCUUCGUUUGUCUACACGGCUAAAUUUCAUCCAGCCACAAGAGAGUUGGUGGUUACAGGAUGCUACGAUUCUAUGAUACGAAUAUGGCAAAUUGAUACAAGAGAAGAUUCUGCCAUAUUGAUUCGACAGUUUGACGCUCACAAGAGCUUUAUCAACUCUCUCUGUUUUGAUCAUGAAGGCCAUCACAUGUACACAGGAGACUGCACAGGGACGAUUGUUGCUUGGGAUACCUAUGUCAAGGUGAACGACUUGCAACAUUCAGUGCGCCACUGGGCUGUAAAUAAGGAAAUUAAAGAAACUGAAUUUAAAGGAAUUCCAAUAAGUUACUUGGAGGUUCAUCCCAAUGGAAAACGUUUAUUAAUCCAUACCAAAGACAGUACUUUAAGGAUUAUGGAUCUCCGAAUAUUAGUAGCAAGGAAAUUUGUCGGCGCAGCCAAUUACCGGGAGAAGAUCCACAGCACCUUGACACCGUGCGGCUCCUUUCUCUUUGCUGGAAGUGAGGACGGGGUGGUGUAUGUGUGGAACCCCGAAACAGGAGAACAAGUGGCAGUGUAUUCUGACCUGCCAUUCAAGGCACCAAUUCGAGACAUUUCAUACCAUCCUUUUGAAAAUAUGGUUGCUUUUUGUGCAUUUGGGCAGAAUGAGCCAAUUCUUCUGUAUAUUUAUGAUUUCCAUGUAGCCCAGCAGGAAAGUGAAAUGCUCAAACACUGUAAUGGAACAUUGCCACUACCUGGAAUACACCAAAGUCAGGAUGCUCUGUGCACCUGUCCAAAGCUGCCCCCUCAAAGCUCCUUUCAGAUUGAUGAAUUUGUGCACACCGAAAAUACUUCAUCUAAGAUGCAGCUCGUGAAACAGAGACUCGAAACUGUCACAGAGGUGAUACGAUCCUGUGCUGAAAAAGUCAACAAAAACCUAUCAUUUACCUCACCAGCCCCAGCCUCCUCACAGCAGUCCACGUUUAAACAGUCCGAGCUGCUGGCCAGACAGGCAGCCGUUCUGGCCACAGGCGCGCGGGACACCCUGCAGCACUUUGGUUUCCCUCACUCCGGAAUGGUCAGCGCAGAAAGAAGGCCUCGCAACCAUCAGGUAGACACAGCACCAACGGUAGUGGCUCUUUAUGACUACAUGGCGAAUCGAUCAGAUGAACUAACCAUCCAUCGUGGAGACAUUAUCCGAGUGUUUUUCAAAGAUAAUGAAGACUGGUGGUAUGGCAGCGUAGGGAAGGGACAGGAUGGUUAUUUUCCAGCUAAUCAUGUGGCUAGUGAAACACUGUAUCGAGAACUGCCUCCAAAGAUAAAGGAGAGAUCCCCUCCUGUAAGUCCUAAGGAGAAAAACAAAACAGAAAAACCUUCAGCUUCUCAAAAGCCUGUCAAUAAGGACAAGUCCCAGGAUUUCAGACCCAGCUCACAACUGAUGACACAUUCUGAAAUAGGCAAAGAACAGAGCCAGGAGGACCGUGGGCACAAACUGGACACACAGGGUAAGAAGAAUGAACAAACAAGCCGAAAAGUCACCCUAAUAGAGUGAAAAGCUGAAGAAGAAUGGAGACACAGCAAGUACACAGAAAUGAAAUGACAGAUUAAACCAUAAUGAAUUUCUCUCCAGAGUUCAGAAUUUUCAGAUAAUAAGGAAGAAAGGAAGCAUCAAUUACUUGUCUCCUUUCAAAAGCAUAUAGACAAAGCAGAAGUGAGAAACAGGUGGAAAAAUCAGUGUGGCCUACGAGCUUAACUGUUACAACCCAUUGUGAUUGAUGUUGAUCAAAGUAUUGGUACUUGUAUUUUUAGUAAUUGCAUCAAAAUUACGCUACCACUGUCAAAGAAACAAUAAAGAAAAACCGUACUUGCUCUUCAGCAAAUAUGAGUAAAA